AUGGAUACUAUGGGACAGCCCCUGCUCGCUGGCGAUCCGUUUCACAGCCAUGACGAUCUCGACGGGGCGGACACCCGUGACGAAAGCGGAGACCAGCGGCGUCCGCAGCACUGGCCUUGGCGAGGCCCUCUUCUGGCCAUGCUAGUUGGCAUCCUUGUUACCUCCGCGUUCUGGGGAGCAUUACUCGGUACCAAGAGUCUCGCCCUUGAUCAGGUUGUGAGUGCACUUUCGAGUGGAGACGUGUCCAUGUCGCAGCCGCAUUACCUCUCGCUCUGCCAUCCUGGGACCGAGUUGGUGUGUGGCGACACCCCCGAGGAAGCGCGUGAUGCGAAAUGCCACUUUCAGCUCUGGUCUUACAGCUGGGUGCCGUUCCCCUGCUACGAUGAAGACUUGCACUACGACUUCUUGAAGCGACAGAGUUUAGAAGGCUGGGGCUACUAUCGCGACAAGGACGGGCAGGAGGAGAUUCCCGUGGAAGAAGUAUUGCAAGGAAACCUGAGCGGCAUCUAUACCACAUGGGGUCAACACUUCUGGCAUUGCGCGUUCUACCAACGCAAUUUCUUCCUCGCCAAGGUCGGGAUCACGAAUCGUGACCGCGACCUGCAUCACGGCAUGUCUUGCCAAAAGUGGAUGUCAAAUCCCUUCUUCUAUGGCUGGAAUGACACGAUUGUCAGGUUGAAGGUCGGGUUCCACAAGUGUGAUGGCACACAUGGUCUCAAUGUCCUGGACAUGACAGAUGAAUUUGUGUUUCCUCUGGGCACGGAUGAUCGUCGGGGUUGGGACAGUACUCUUCGACCCGACGGAAUUAUUGAUGAAGAGAGCCACGUGAUCAAUAACCACAUUACGACGGAUAAAUGA